CUGACAGUUUUGCAGUUCAAAGGAAAUAAAUAACAUUGGCACGUUGGGUUUAUUUCUGAAGAUUUAAAACCUCAUUCUGCCUUAAAGCCCUGAGCUGAUAUAAUGAGGUCAGCAGGAGACAGACAGUGUUCCUCCAGGAUGUCUCAGGCUCCUGAACCUGAUCCCUUACAGCUGUGUGAGGAUGUGAAAAUGGAGACUUCAGAUGGAGGGAUAUCUGAAGCAUCAGAGGUCUGUGUGAAGAAAGAAGAGACACUGGAGCUGAACAUCUACAACCAUGGAGACAACCUUGACAACCCACCUGAAGGUCUCUCCAUUAAAGAGGAAGAUCCUGACAAGAAAGACUACCUCUACUGUGAAGUUUGCAAAUCCUUCUUUUUCAACAAGUGUGAGCUUCAUGGGCCACCCCUCUUCAUCCCUGAUACUCCUGUUCCCUUGGGAGUCCUUAACCGAGCUAGACAAACUCUUCCCCCUGGGCUAGAGAUUCGGAAGUCCGGUAUUCCUAAUGCAGGCUUGGGAGUGUUUAAUAAGGGGGAGACACUUCCAGUAGGUGCACACUUUGGACCUUACAAGGGCGAGCUGGUAGACCAAGAGGAAGCUAUGAGCAGUGGAUACUCCUGGGUGAUAUGCAGGAGCAGUCAGUGUGAAGAAUAUGUAGAUGGAAAAAGAGGAAUGCACACAAAUUGGAUGAGGUAUGUGAAUUGUGCCCGUGAUGAUGAUGAACAGAAUCUCGUGGCAUUUCCAUAUCAAGGGGAAAUUCUGUAUCGUUGCUGUCGACCCAUUAACCCAGGACAGGAGCUCUUUGUGUGGUAUGAAGAGGAGUACACCAAAGAACUCAAUCCUGAGUUUGACUCCCUCUGGAACAAAAAGUGCUCCAUUAAUGAAGUAAACAACACCCUGCUGCAGGUCUUUUCCUGCUCCACAUGUCCUCUUUCCUAUGUAUCUCAAAUUUACCUCCACAAACACAUCCAGAGAUGCCACUAUGAAAAGUAUGUGAGACUGUGGGAUUCAAAAGAAAUUAAAUAUGAGCUCGAGAUUCCCUCCAAAGGCUCCAGUAAUCAGCCAACAUCAUCUGAUGCGCUCAGUUCUGACAGUUCUCACAAUGAUGUACAGAAGGAAAUACACCACUGCUCAGACUGUGGAAAAAACUUUGGUCAUCAGAAUGCCCUCAAAACACACCAGUGCAGUCAUGCAGGGAAAAAGCCACAUCGCUGCUCACAGUGUGGAAAGAGUUUUAUUCAUCGAUGUCAUCUCCAACGACACCAGCACAUUCACACAGGAGAGAAGCCACAUCAUUGUUCUCAGUGUGGAAAGAGUUUUACUCGUCAGAGUCAUCUCCACGAACACCAGCGCAUUCACACAGGAGAGAAGCCGUAUCACUGCUCACAGUGUGGAAAGAGUUUUACUCAACAGAGUAAUCUACAAAAACACCAGCGCAUUCACACAGGAGAGAAGCCAUAUCACUGCACACAAUGUGGAAAGAGUUUUACUCGUCAAAGUCAUCUCCAAGAACACCAGCGCAUUCACACAGGAGAGAAGCCGUAUCACUGCACACAAUGUGGAAAGAGUUUUACUCGUCACAGUCAUCUCCAAGAACACCAGCGCAUUCACACAGGAGAGAAGCCGUAUCACUGCUCACAGUGUGGAAAGAGUUUUUCUCAUUGGUGUCAUCUCCAGCGACACCAGCGCAUUCACACAGGAGAGAAACUGUAUCACUGUUUACAGUGUGGAAAGAGUUUUACUCGUCAGAGUCAUCUUCAAGAACACCAGCGCAUUCACACAGGAGAGAAGCCAUAUCACUGCUCACAGUGUGGAAAGAGUUUUACUCUUCAGUGUCAUCUCCAACGACACCAGCGCAUUCACACAGGAGAGAAGCCGUAUCAUUGCUCACAGUGUGGAAAGAGUUUUACUGAACAGAGUAAUCUCCAAAAACACCAGCGCAUUCACACAGGAGAGAAGCCGUAUUGCUGCACGCAGUGUGGAAAGAGUUUUACUCGUCAGAGUCAUCUCCAAGAACAUCAGCGCAUUCACACAGGAGAGAAGCCGUAUCUCUGUUCUCAGUGUGGAAAAAGUUUUACUCAACAGCGUCAGCUUCAGACACACCAACGCAUUCACACAGGAGAGAAGCCGUAUCACUGCUCACAGUGUGGAAAGAGUUUUACUUAUUCAGUUACAUUUAAGACCCACAAGUGCAUCAACUCAGAGACAUUGCAUUAAAUAGGUUAAGUUUUCCCCAAAACUGUAAUAAUAAUGAUCUAUUUUGAACUGUGUUUAUUUUAUGUUGACUUUCUUAGGUAAAAUAUGUAAUCUCAUAUACAACUCCCAUUUUACACAGUGUCCCAAGGUUGAGA